UUGACUGUUGAUAGAAUUGUUGCUAGUAACUGGGCCAUUCUUGAUGAAAGUGAGAGUGAUUGGAAGAGCCAUGCUGCUGCCAUUGCUCAGUCCAUUCAAGUCAUCAAGAAGCGGUUGCAGUGGAAGAAGUUGAUGGUUAGAUUAGAUCUGCUAUCAGCACAACUGAAUAAGCCAGACCUAUGGGAUGAUCCUGUUCUUGCGGGAAGUUUAAGCCGGGAGCAUGGCUCGUUGAUGGUCAAGAUGAUAGAGGUGAAAGCAUUGGAACAAGAUCUGAUUGAGCACAUUGAUAUGAUAAAGUUGGUUCGCGAAGAAGCAGAGGCUUCCGACUUGGAAUCGGUG